GCAAUCUACAAGAUGGCAGAGAAGGCUAGGGAUGUGGAUGACUGUACUCUUCUCUCGUUUGGAGAGGCUAUGAUUCGUUACAAGCCUGUCGAAUCAAAAACGGGCGGCAGUGAGCCGUCAGUAUUUUUGCGCUCGGUGGGUGGAGAUGAGUUGAACGUUUGCGUUGCUCAAGCAAAACUUGGAAGGAAAACACAAUGGGUGUCAGUUUUGCCAUCUGGACCGAUGGGUAAGGUUGUAUUGGACAGUGCAGAGAAUGUUGACACAUCUCGUGUCAUUAUGGAGGAGGAUGGAGAUGUGGGCACGUUUACUGUUCUACCUCAACUGAAAACAGUUCAUUAUCAACGAAGAAAUAGUGCAUUUGCUCGUCACGAUCCAGACUGUUUUAACUGGAAUGAACUGUUGACUGAUGCUGGUGUAAAGACGUGGCUUCAUGUCACGGGCAUAACCCCAAUGAUAUCAAAGCCAGCAUUUGAAUCAUGGAACAGAGCACUACAUGAAGCUCAUAAACUUUUCAUUCCAACAAGUUUGGACUUCAACCACAGGAAGCAACUAGGGAGUCUCCAACAAUUAUGGAAAUAUGUUCAACCUCACUUGAAUCAUCUCCAGGUGAUCGUCAUAUCUUUGGUCACCUUACAAGAACUCGCAGUACAGGAAGGAGUACCAACACCCAAUACUUCUCUUCCUGCUUCUGAUCCUCGAUGGGUUCAACUAAUGCAAACUCUUCGUUCUCGAUGGAAUGUCAAGAGAUUGGCUUGCUGUUUUAAGACGGUCGACAAGGGUGACAUUCAAACAAGAUGGAGUGUGAUGUGUACUGAAAAUGGUGUCAUUAGCACACACGCACUUCCUGUUCUGCAUAAGCCGAUGGAUGCAUUAGGCGGUGGCAGUGCCUGGAUGGCGGGACUUCUCGAUGCUUUUAUGACACACGGGUCGGAUCAUUGUGACGUCUCGUUUUUGAGGCAUGCUGACCUCCUAGCUGCACUGUGUCAGGAAACACAGGGAGAUCAUUCAACAGUAACCCAUAGCCAGCUGGAUGAGGUCGAAAGCUUGUUUUCAAAUAAAACUGUUGACCUCACUUUGUUGCCUCAGAAAGAAGAUGUGUUGAUUAAGGCAUCACUAGAGCAUCUGAUAAGCGCACGAGUGAUUGGAAUCAUCAGGGCAAAGAAUGCAGAUGCUGCCAUCCAGAGGGGACUGGAGUUGUGUAGGUUGGGAUGUCGGGCUGUGGAGGUUACGACAGACACAACAGAUGCAGUUCGUGUCGUCUCUGAGCUUUCAAGGCAGCUGCCUCCGUCGUGUCUGUUAGGAGUGGGAACAAUAAUGGAUUCUGAACAGAUGUCAAUCUUUUCACCUCUUGGUGUGAAAUUUGCUUUGUCUCCAAUCUCCCCUUCUGGAUUCAUCGAAGCUUGUCACAGCAGAGGAGUUCUGGCUGUUCCAUCAGGUCUGACAGCAAAUGAGCUGUGGUCUCUUCAUUGUCAGGGUGCUAAAUUGAUCAAACUUUUCCAUGCGGGAACGAUAUCACCAGCUAUUCUCAAGUCUAUGCUUGGUGUGGGGCCACUGAAAGACAUGAACAUCAUACCAUCUGGAGGAAUCACCCCUCAGAACGUUGAUGAUUGGUUGAAUGCUGGAGCAAGAGUCGUGGGUCUCGGAUCAAACCUUGUAGGCAAAGACAUCAACUUUCCAACGGGAUCGACUGACUACACAGCAAGUCAUCGAGAGUGGGAGGAAACAGGACGAGAGGCUGCGAAACGACUAUUCACGAAAGCAGCAUCAUAAACACCCUUAUGUGAUUAUAUCAACUGAUUUUGAUAUCAACUUUCUAUUUUAUACCUCAUUUUGUACUUCUAAGUUUCCAAAACAUGGCAGACUUCCAAGUCGUCCAUGACAUCAGCGAUGGUAGCACAUCAAGUCUACAGUCUCUAGCUAUAUCCAUGAGGUCAGGACAACAGACACUCAGUC